AUGUUCACGCGCAGGGCUGCAUCCACCGUGCGCACGUACGCCACCCAGGCAUCCCAAUCCGCCGCUCCCCCCGUCCAGCUUCACGGACUCGCGGGCAAGUAUGCGUCGGCGCUCUACACCGCUGCCGCCAAGAAGAACGCCCUCCAGCAGGUCGAGGCCGACCUCAAGGGUGUCCGUUCGACCAUCGGCGCCGACGCCAAGAUCCACGACUUCCUCUCGAACCCCGUCCUCUCGUCGUCGGACAAGCUCGCCGGCAUCGAUGCCUUGCUCAAGGCCGCCUCCCCCAAGGGCGCGUCGGACCUCACCCGCAACCUCUUCGUCGUGUUGAGCGAGAACGGCCGCCUGUACGAGACGGACAAGGUCAUCGAGGGAUUCGCCGAGUUGAUGCAGGCCUACCGCGGCGAGGCAAAGAUCACCAUCACGUCUGCGCAGCCGCUCGACAAGGACGUCCAGAAGCGCCUCGAGGACGCCCUCAAGCAGUCCAAGGUCGCGUCCGAGGCCAAGAACGUCGUCUUCGAGUACAAGUCGAACGAGUCGGUUCUCGGUGGUCUCACGGUCGACUUUGGUGACCGCACCAUCGACCUCUCGGUCGCCUCGCGCGUCUCGCGCCUCAACCAGCAGCUCGGUGAGGGCAUCUAA